AUAAUUUUUUAUUUUUCUUCUUUUUUUUUCUCUUCUUCUUAACUUUUCUUCUUCAUUCUUCAUCUUUGUCAUGUCCGAACAGAAGAAACAUAUCGUCGUUAUCGGUGCUGGUGUAGGUGGCACUGCAACUGCUGCCCGUCUUGCCCGCCAAGGUUUCCGAGUUACUGUGGUUGAAAAGAACGAUUUCUCCGGUGGUCGUUGCUCUUUAAUUCAUCAUAAUGGACACCGCUUCGAUCAAGGUCCCUCACUUUAUUUGAUGCCUAAGCUUUUUGAAGACGCGUUUGCAGACCUGGAUGAACGCAUUGAAGACCAUUUGGAAUUACUUCGAUGCGACAAUAACUAUAAGGUCCAUUUUGAUGAUGGCGAUUCUAUUCAACUCUCCUCUGACUUGACUCGCAUGAAGACCGAAUUGGAUCGCGUCGAAGGUCCUCUUGGUUUUGGUCGCUUCUUGGAUUUCAUGAAGGAAACUCAUAUUCAUUAUGAAGAAGGUACAUUUAUUGCUAUUAAGCGUAACUUUGAAUCUAUCUGGGACUUGGUUCGUCUUCAAUAUGUGCCUGAGAUCUUCCGCCUCCAUUUGUUUGGUAAGAUCUAUAACCGUGCAAGCAAGUAUUUUAAGACUAAAAAAAUGCGCAUGGCAUUCACUUUUCAAACAAUGUAUAUGGGCAUGUCCCCCUAUGAUGCUCCAGCAGUUUAUAGUUUGUUGCAAUACACUGAAUUUGCGGAAGGUAUUUGGUAUCCUCGUGGUGGUUUCAAUAUGGUGGUUCAAAAGCUGGAAUCUAUUGCUAGUAACAAGUAUGGUGCUGAAUUCAAGUACAAUUCACCUGUGGCCAAGAUCAACACAGCUGAUCAAGAUAAGAGAGUAACCGGUGUCACCUUGGAAAGUGGAGAGGUUAUUGAGGCAGAUGCAGUCGUCUGUAAUGCAGAUCUUGUUUAUGCAUACCACCAUCUUUUGCCCCCUUGUCGCUGGACAACCAAGACCUUGAGCUCCAAGAAACUUACUUCUUCCUCCAUCUCCUUUUACUGGUCUUUAUCCAAGCAGGUCAAGCAAUUGGACGUCCACAAUAUAUUUUUGGCAGAAGCAUACAAGGACAGUUUUGAUGAGAUCUUCAAAGACUUUGGUUUGCCCUCUGAAGCCUCUUUUUAUGUCAAUGUGCCCUCAAGAAUUGAUCCUUCUGCUGCUCCACCCAAUAAGGAUUCAGUAAUUGUGUUGGUCCCUAUUGGCCAUAUGAGAAGCAAGACAGGUAAUGGUGCUGAAGAGAAUUAUCCUGAAUUGGUUGCCCGUGCACGUAAGAUGGUUUUGGAAGUCAUUGAACGUCGACUUGGUAUGGACAAUUUUGGUGAAUUGAUUGAGCAUGAAGAAGUGAAUGAUCCUAGCGUUUGGCAGAGCAAAUUCAAUCUUUGGAGAGGUUCUAUUCUUGGUCUUUCUCAUGACGUGUUUCAAGUAUUAUGGUUCCGUCCUAGUACAUUAGAUUCAACAGGUCGUUAUGACAACCUUUUCUUUGUAGGAGCUAGUACACAUCCUGGUACUGGUGUUCCUAUUGUUCUUGCUGGUAGUAAACUUACAUCUGAUCAAGUCUGUAAGCGUUUUGGUCAGACGUCUUUACCUAGAAAGAUUGAAGAUACGCAAAGACAAUAUGCUCCUGAACAACCCAAGGAAACGGAAAGACAAUGGAUUUAUUACAUUCUUGCUUGCUAUUUUGUCACAUUUAUCUUUUUCUACUUUUUCCCUCAAAGCGAGACAAAAACCCCCGCUUCCUUUAUCAAUCAUCUUUUACCUCAUGCAUUCCGUGCACAAAAUAGUAAUGAUAUCCAAAUUUAAUAAAUUACGUUUUGAAUCCUUUCAUAUAUAUUUAGAAGGUGUGACAGAAUUUAAAAUCAGGUUUACUAAAGCAUUAAGAACUUCUAUAGUGUCAAGUGUGUCUUGUUAGUUUAAUUUCUUUUUACUCUAUGGCACAUAGAAAGAUAGGGAGCAUUUGUGUGGAAAAUGACCACUUGUUAGUCCAAAAAAAGUGACUUUAUAAAGUACUUUUUGGUGAUUAUAGG